UUCUCUGGGAGCUGCUGCGUUGGCCUAUAAAUUUGUGCGUCUUGUCAUUUGGAAACAUCAGUUGAGUUUUGCCCAGUCCAGGCACCACACGCAACCACCACCCACAUUCCCCCAGUGACAAAGAAGGAGAGAGAGAGAAAGAGAGAUGAAGCUAUUCGCUUGUGUUGUUGUUGCGCUUUUGGCGCUCAGUGUGCCCGCCCAGGCUCUGCUUGGCGCCAAGUUGGCUCUGCUUAAGGCCAUUGGCGGUGGCAUUGGCGGUGGCAGUGGUUUUGGCACCAGCGGUGGCGGCGGAGGCGGCAGUUACGGCGGCGGCUAUGGCAGCGGUGGUUAUUCCGGUGGAUACAACCAGGGAUAUUACACACAGCAAAGCCGUCCAGUUUACAAUAACUAUGGAAGUGGUGGUUACAGUGCUGGCUACAAUGGUGGCUACAAUGGUGGAUACAGCGGUGGCUACAACGGUGGCUACAGCGGUGGUUAUGGCGGUGGCUACGGCGGUGGUUAUGGCGGUGAGCAGGUGAUCAAGGUCAUCAAGGUUGUGGAGCAGCAACCACAGAGCUAUGCCCGUUCCAGUGGCAGCUAUGGCGGUGGUUAUGCCGGUGGUUACAGUGGUGCCAGCAGCUAUGCCAACUCCGGCAGCUAUGCCAGCUCCGUUGCCGCAGCUCCCGUUCAGACUCAGGCUCUGCCCGCUGUAACCUACUCAGCACCAGCUCCAGCUCCCAUCACAUACUCUGCACCAGCUCCAGUUUCGGUUCCAGUUCCAGCUGUUACCUACUCCGUGCCCGCACCACAGCCGGCACCAGCUCCAGUUACCUAUUCCGUGCCCGCACCACAGCCGGUGGUGCGUGUGCAGCCAGCGCCCGCUCCAAUUUCCUACUCGGUGCCCGCACCACAGCCUGUGACGUACUCGGUGCCAGCACCGCAGCCGGUGGUGCGUGUGCCCGCUCCAAUUAGCUACCCAGUGCCAGCACCACAGCCGGUGGUGCGUGUGCAGCCAGCACCACAGCAGUAUGUGAAGACCAUCAAGGUGAUUGUCGAUGAGGACAACAGCGGUGACAGCCAUGUGCCCAGUCCAGUCUAUGGUGCACCAGCUCCAGUGGUCAACUCCUAUUCCACAGGCUCGUCGAGCAGCGGUUGGAAUAACGGUGGCUGGAAUAACGGUGGUGCCAACUACAACAAUGGCGGUUGGAACAACGGUGCCUCCAGCUAUAACAAUGGUGGCUGGAAUAAUGGCGGCUGGAAGAGCGGUGGCAUCUGGGAGAAAUUGGCAUCCGGCUGCUAAAUGGAUUCAAUUUCCAGACUCAAUAUAACCUCAAUCGCUGCCCAAAUUGAUCACAGCCACAAACUGUGUCGACACGAUACUGUUACCUACUUACGAUCUACAAGCUACGAUCUACGAUCGAUUCGAAUCUAUACUUACUCAACAAUUUUUUUUUUUUUUUGCAUAGUUAUUAAAUACAUUGAUCGACUACAUUGCCCAAAAGCUAUUCGUUUUUCCCAUUUUCCCCCUCUUUCGCUCUGUAAAUACCGAAAAUAAAAAAUGCCAUUGUAUAAACCAAA